CAAGGGCCCAGCCGGCCGCAGCCGUGCUCCCCACGUCCCGUGGCCGAUUUCCGCCGCGGCCGAAGCGAAAGCUCCAUGGCCGUUGAGAAGGCUGCGGCCGAAAAGAAGGAGAAGGCAGAGGCGGAAGAAGGUACCAUCAACAGCGAUGUGAAGGUCAAAAAGGCUGUGGUGGGCAAGGCCAUCCGGGCGCUGAAGCAGCUGGUGGCGAAGCGCUCGGCGGACAGCACCCACCUCUUCGAGGAGGCCUCGGAGGCCAUGGUGAUCCAGUUCAACCUGGCCAGGAUUCCGGAGAGGGUGGGCUACCCGAGCAAUAUCCCGCUGCCGCAUCCCCUGUACACGGAGAAGUCGGAGGUGUGCUUCUUCUCCAAAAGCCCGCAGAAGAGAUACAAGGAGAUGCUGAUGCAGAAGCAUCCCACGCCAGGCCUGACCAAGGUCAUCGGAGUCGAUAAGCUCAAGAGGAGAUACGUCCGCUCCAUGGAGCGGCGGCAGCUGGCGGAUUCCUACGACCUCUUCUUGUGCGACAAGCGGGUGAUCCAGGGCAUGCACAGCUACCUCGGGAACGCCUUCUUCAAGCAGAAGACGUCCAAGCAGCCGGUGCCCGUGUCCUUGAAAGAGGCCACAGAUGAUCCUGCGGUGUUUAUCCGGAAGGCUAUGGCGGGCACUUGCCUCCGCCUCAACCGGGGGAACUGCGUGAGCGUGCGCUUCGGCUUCUGUCAGAUGCAGGAGGAGCAGUUGGAGGCCAAUGCCAAGGCGGUCAUCGCCCACGGCAUCAAGAUCCUGGGCAGGCAUGGGCUCGCGGUAUCGGGCAUCUCCAUGCAGGCCACAGACUCGAUGGUGCUGCUGGUUUGGCAGAGGCCCGCACCGCCCGGGGAGAAGGUGAACUUGAAGCAGUGGCGUGAGCACGCGGCCAGCUCUGCUGCCUCUGACACAGGCGCCAGUGGCGUCAGCGACUCCGAGAUCACCGGCAGCGAGAUCAUCUCCGACGCCGGGGAGACGCUGAGUACCCGGGAUUCCAUCAGCGAGGUGGACACCUCGGGCGAGACGAUGAGCGAGAUGGAGACUGCGGACUCCGAGGCCGACGAUAUUGCCCACGAGGAUCUUCCUCUGGUGCAGGGCCUGAAGAAGAAGAAGAGGAGGCGAGAAGGCGUGCCUGUCCAGGCGGAGGCGCUGGAGGAAAAGGCAAAGGCGCCCAAGAAGAAGGCGAAGGGCAGGAAGGGCGCCUGAGGCGGCCCGAAACACCUCUCACGGCUCACGGCUCCCAGCCAGCGGGCACUCGCCCAUCAGACUGGCGCGGGAGUGGCAGCGGCGGCACCAGGGGCACUUUCUCACAAUCAGAAAAGCAGAGCGAGUUUGGUGAGUG